UUCAGAUUCCAAAACGUCAAGUGGGUAUUCUUACUAAAUAUGGAUUUCCAGAUGGGUGACGCAGAAUUUCCAUCUGUGGGUUUGGACGAGAUCAUAAGUGAUCUGUCAGAAACAGACAAUGGCACAAUUGACGAUCAACCAACAAAACUGUCUCCCAUAGCCGAGGUGUCUUCAGAGCAGAUAAUGGCCGAGGAGAGUAACAGCGACCCGAAGCUAGAGGUACCGUCCGCCUCGUCCAGCAAGUCCAAAAACAUGUCUGUCAACAGCGAGACAAAGCCGAGCAAAGGCAUCCAGGAGUUCGUAAGGAUUCUGCGGCCUCACCUGCCGAGGAAAUCGAAGAGCAGGGCCUACAAGCUGUUGCAGAACAUCGCCAAGGGGAUCGUGGUGGAGAGUUCAUUCCAGCGGAGGAUUAAGAAGAAGAGAACACGGAAGCUGACGUACCGCAAGCAGACGCGCAACAUCAAGACGAAGUCUCUAAACAGCAUGCGGCGCACGCUGCGCAGCCUAUACGGGUCGUCGGACUCGUGCCACUCCAACGCGUCCUGUCCGCGCUGCGGGUACACGUGCUGCAGGAUCACCAGGUGCUGACUAGCGAAUGUGAGGAAACUACGUCUGCUUUUUUAGUGCUCACAUGUUUUC